GCACGAAAAAUCGUUUUCGAAUCCCAGGGGUUUAAGUCUGGCGCUACUGAUGAUAUAAAAAUCACCUCCACUGCCGGUUCUGGUACUAGUGAGGGUUUGAGCUGCGAAAAUGAAGGUCCUGAUCGCUUUUCUUGGAUUGGUCAGCUUGGGGCUCGCUGCCCCAGAGGGUCACAAUCCCAAGUUGCUCCAUCCCCAAAUUGGAGGACGCAUCGUUGGAGGAGACGAGGCCAAUAUCAGGGACCUGCCAUACCAAGUGGCCCUGCUACGAAACAACGCCCAAAUCUGCGGAGGAUCCAUCAUUGCACCAACCGUCAUCCUCACCGCUGCUCACUGUGUGGAGUUUUGGGUUAUUCCUGAUGUUUCCAUGCUGAGCAUUCGGGCGGGGUCCUCGCAAUGGCGCUCUGGAGGCCAGCAGGUCGCUGUCCGGGAAAUCGUUAUUCACGAAUUGUACGAUGGCGAUAACAGUCUUGACUACGACAUUGCCAUUCUGCACUUGGCCGAGAGGAUUAACACCAUCAAUGCCUCAGAAGUGCCUUUGGUCAACAAUGGCGAAAUCUUCGAUGCUGGAACAUACGGUACCGUUUCCGGAUGGGGCACAACCUUCUCAGGGUCCAGCGUUUCUCCUGAAACGUUGCGACGGGUGGACGUUCCCAUUGUAACGCAAACUCGAUGCAGGAUCUCCUACGGAUCAGACAUCACGUCCCGAAUGCUCUGCGCCGGAUACAAUGAGGGAGGAAAGGACGCCUGCCAAGGAGACUCUGGUGGACCUUACGUGAUCAACGGCCGUUUAGCCGGAGUCGUUUCCUGGGGAUUCGGCUGCGCCACUCCUCUGUUCCCCGGAGUUUACGCCAGCGUUGCUGGACUCAGAACCUGGAUCACCCAACACUCUGGAGUAUAAGUGAGCUUGACACCUUCAACUAAAUAAAGAUUCGUUGCAUCCAGAAA